UUCCCGAACCUCUUGUGCAUGGCUAUCGAUUUUUUGACGCUCCCAGCCACAGUGGCCACAGUGGAGCAUACAUUCAGCCUUGGACGACUCCUACUCCCACACAUGCGCAGCCGUAUGUGCGGACAGACCUCUCGUGCCCUUCUAUGCCUCAAGAUCUGGAGUGAGGCCGGGUUUGUCAAGCAGACGGAUGCAAAUAAGGUUGCGCAGAUGGAGGAUUUGGAUGAUGAUUAG